AUGUUAUAUAAUGAUGAAGAUUUGGAGGUGAUGUUUGCUGUAGCUGAUAGUAUUGGAUUGAAUUGCAUUGAAGUUACAGUAGUAGAUAGUCGUGGUUUUGAUAGUGGUAUUAGUGGGUGUGGUGUUGAUGUUGGUGCUAAUAGUAGUGGGGUUUUCGAUAGUGGUGGUGCUAGCACUAGUAAGGGCAUUUGUUUCAGUGGGCAAGGGUUAGUCGGUUGUCGGUUGGAAUCAAUGGAAUAUGUAGUAAAGAGGAUGAUUUGGGAGCUAUGUUUUGCCCGCAUCAGCAUCGGCCAAGGUUGUCGGACGCGUGGAAAGAGCUUAUUAAAAGUGUUGAAUGAAACAGAGAGAGUGACUGCAGUUUGUAAGGUAAAAUCUUGCAAGUGGAAUAUCCAUGCUAGACUUGACAAGGUCAGUGGUUGCUUUUACAUCAAAAGGUAUUAUAAUGUUCAUUGUUGUGGUGUUGCUGGGCGUAUGACAAAGAACUGUCAUGCUAAUUCAUCUCUGAUUAGUCAAUUGAUAAAUGAUGAUGUUCGAGACAAGUCAAAGAAACGUCCUGUUGAUGUUGUUGAUGAUUUGAAGGAGUAUUAUGGGGUGGAUGUGUCAUAUAAUCGUGCUUGGUUAGCUAUCCAGAAAGCCAAGUCAAGUGCAUUUGGAGAUUAUUCAGAUUCUUUUAAUCAACUGCAAUGGUAUCGUAAUGUUGUUCUGAAUUCGGAUCCUACAAGUGUUUUUGAUGUUGAGUGGGAUCAAACCACAAAUCGUUUUUUGAGGUUGUUUGUAGCAUUUGAUGCAUGUGUACAAGGAUUUAAGCACUGCAGGCCUGUUUUAUCCGUUGACGCAACGUUCUUGAAGGCAAGGCAUAUGGGAUGCUUGAUGUCUGCUUCAGCUAAAGAUGGUAAUGCAGGUCUAUUUCCAUUGUGCUUUGGUGUGGUUGAUUCUGAGAAUAAUGAUAAUUGGCUUUGGUUUAUGGAGAAGUUGCAUGGUAUUUUGGAUGAAGACAGAAGGGUUUUUGUUUUUAUAUCUGACUGUCACAGAGGAAUAAAAGAGGGUAUUGCUAAGGUGUUUCCUUCAAGCUUUCAUGCUUACUGUCUCUAUCAUUUGAAGGGUAACUUGCGUACUGCUUUGGCGUCCACAAAUGUCAAGUAUAAAGAGAGUUUGAUCAGAGUGUUUUCAAAAUGUGCUUAUGCUCCCACUGUGGCAAAGUUUAAUCAGCAUAUGGGUAAUUUGCUGAAACACGGUGGUGCAGCUGUUGUUCAUUUUCUGUCGGAGUUGCCUAAUGAGCGCUGGGCAAAUGUUUUUUUCCCGGGGCAACGUUAUGGAGCAAUGUCCUCUAGUCUAGCUGAGUGCUUUAACUCAUGGAUAUUGAAAGAGCGUGAAUUGCCCGUGGUGGAUAUGGUUGAUCGUAUAAGGAAGAAGAUGAUGAAAUCAAUGUGUUUGAGGAGAGAAAGGGCAAGUAAAUGGGAUCAGGUGAUUUGUCCUUAUGGGGAGUCUCGGUUGGAGAAGUUAUAUGAUUUAGUUAAAACAUGGAAAGUGAUUCAUUCAAGUGCUGAUAUAUUUGAAGUUGACACGGAUCCGUCUGUAUGUGUUGAUAUUGGGAGGCGUACAUGCAGUUGUUGUUGGUGGCAGUUGAAUGGAUUCCCUUGUUGCCACGCUGUCUGUGCUAUCAAAUAUAGUGGUAAGGAUUUGAACUUGUAUGUAGAGCGUUUUUUUCAUGUUGAGAGUUAUCGUCAGGUGUAUUCAAAACCAAUUUACCCAGUUGCGUCAUUGUUGAAAGGUGAUGUGGUUGAUUGUGGUACUAGUAUUCUGCCACCAUUGUCAAAAAAGCCUCCAGGGCGGCCUAAGAAGAAGAGGAUUCGUUCGAAUGGGGAGAAGGUUAGAGAAAUGAAGUGUGGUAGGUGUGGGAAGAUGGGGAAUCAUAAUAAACUUACUUGUAAGGAGGAUUUGAGGCCUGAUUUUUAG